AGACAAUAUUUAUCAAAUAAAAACGAAAAUGCUAUAGUGUCAAAAUCUAAAAACUUUUUGCAUCUAAACAAAGCUAGUUUAAGGCUAGUUUAGGAUUCCAGUUUUUUUUUCCCAGUUCCACAGACAAAUCCGAAACCAGCCCCAGUCCCACAGCCACAGUUCUCCUGCCGCCACUCCGCCCAAGGCCCCGCCAAGCUCGCCACCGGCCAUUCCCAUGUCUCUAGGCCGCCUCGGCCGCGCGCCCUCGUCGCUAUUCCUGCUCCAAUCCUUCGCCACCACCACCGCCGGCGCUCCGCCGGCCGCGCCCACGCCCUCAUCCCCAGGCUUCCUCGCGCACCACCUGCUCGACGAAUUCUCCCGCCCGCGCGCCACCCGUGACGCGGCGCGCCUCCGCCGCCUCGCGGCGUACCUCACGCCGCCUGCAGCAGAGUCCGUCAUCCUCCGCCUGCCGUCCUGGCGCCACGCGCUCGACUUCUUCCGCUGGGCCGCCGAGCAGCCGGGCUUCCGCCACUCCUGCUAUUCCCUCAACGCCAUGGCAUCGCUCCUGCCACCGCACCAGCGCGCGCACCUCGACCGCCUCGCCACCGAAGCUCUCGCCUCUCGCUGCGCCAUGACGCCCGGCGCGCUGGGGUUCCUCCUCCGCCGCCUCGGCGCGGCUGGCCUCCCGGACACCGCUGCCCGCGUCUUUGAUGCAGCGAGGACGACGCUCAGCUGCGCCCCAAACUCGUACACGUACAACUGCCUCCUCGACGCGCUCGCCAAGGCCGGCCGUGCGGAAGACGCCGAGGCGCGGUUGCAGGAGAUGGUGGCGAGUUGCGGUGAGGAGAGCGUCGACAGGUACACGCUCACCUCGCUCCUAAAUUGCUAUUGCAACGCGGGGCGUCCUGAAGACGCGAGCGCCGUGUUACAGAGAAUGAGCGAGAGGGCCUGGGUGGAUGAGCACGUGUUGACGAUGCUUGCUGUGGCGUUCAGCAAGUGGGGAAAGGUGGAGGAUGCGGUUGAGCUGAUUGGGAGGAUGGAGGCACUUGGCAUGCAACCAAGCGAGAAGACAUUGACCGUUCUAGUACAUGGGUUUGCCAGGCAGGGGAGGGUUGAUGUGGCCAUGGAUAUGUUUGAUAAGAUGGCCAGUUAUGGAUUCAGUGUGGAUUUGGCGAUGUACAGUGUGUUAAUUGAGGGGCUGUGUGAUGGAAACGAGAUGGGGAAGGCUGUGAAAUUGUACGAGGAUAUGAAGAGGGACAGGGUCACACCUGAUGUCCGCUUGCUCAAGAAGAUGAUUGAGGCAUUCUGUAGACAAGGAGAUUUCUCUACUGUUGGCCCAUUCAUCAAUGAAAAUGCAGUGCAUCUGAAACCCGGGAGUGCUGUCCUAUUAUAUAAUGUGAUUCUUGAAGGUCUUACUAACCAUGGAGAGGUAGAAGCAGCAUCUCAGUUGCUCAGCUCCAUGGUGCGUGGUGGUCAGAGGGGUAGUGACGAUGAUACUGUUGGUGUGCAUAUUGUUGUUAUCAGUGAAGAUGUUAAACCAAACUCUGAUUCGUUUAACAUUGUCGUGUGCGGCCUUUGUAAGGUUAAGAAGCUGGAUCUGGCUUUGGCUCUCACAAAGGACAUGGUUGGCCUUGGUUGCAAGGGAAAGCUUUUGAUGUUUAAUGAUUUGAUACUUGAAUUGUGCAAUUCAGAUAGACUAGAUGAAGCAUAUGAGAUAUUCAACCAAAUGAAGGAUCUUGAUUUGAAACCCUCCGAGUUCACAUAUAAUUCAUUGUUUUAUGGUAUUUGUAGAAGAAAAGAUACCAGUGCUGCCGCUGAUCUGCUGAGGGAGAUGCGGACAAGCUCACACAAACCAUGGAUUAAGAACUGCACAGAGAUGGUGCAACAGCUUUGUUUCAGUGGCAGGAUAACAGAAGCCUUGCAAUUUCUCGAUGAAAUGUUAAAAUUAGGUUUUCUUCCUGACAUUGUCACGUACUCUGCUGCCAUGAAUGGCAUGUGUAAAAUUGGAGAGACAGAAAAUGCAUUAGGGCUUUUCCGUGACAUUUCUUCCAAAUGUUAUCUUCCAGAUGUGGUGGCACAUAAUAUCUUGAUAAAUGGAUUCCGGAAAGCUGGUAAGUUUGAUGAGGCGCAAGAAAUCAUGGAAGAAAUGUUGAGUAAGGGUCUGUUUCCUUCUGUAGUUACCUACAAUCUUAUGAUUGAUAUUUGGUGCAAGUCUGGAAAGAUUGACAAAGCAAUCAGUUGCGUAUAUAAAAUGAUUGAUGAAGAGAAGCCACCAACAGUUGUUACAUAUACAAGUUUGUUAGAUGGACUCUGUAAUGCUGGAAGACCUGAUGAAGCCAUUAUUCUGUGGUGCAAAAUGAGCGAAAAAGGCUGUUCGCCAAAUGAGAUAGCAUAUACUGCUUUUAUUAAUGGACUGUGCAAGUGUGGUCGAACGGAGACUGCAGUGAACUACUAUGAAGAGAUGAAGACAAAAUGUUUUGACUUGGAUAUUUUUUCCCUAUUAAAUUUAACAAAUUCGCUGAUAGCACAGGGACAGGCCAGUAAAGGAUGUGAGCUUUUGAAAGUCGUUCUCCAAAAAGACGUGGUGCACAGUAAUCAUUUCAAAAUGGUAGGCUUAAUAAAUAAAGCAACUAAGGAGCUGUCCAAAGAUGGAAGAAUCUCUUCAGAUAUCAUGAUACUUGUAGAUAAAUGGUUAGUUUCAAAGGGUCAAGGUAUGCACAUCGAAGAUGGAAGCAAAUCAGAUCUGCCUUAGGGCCUGUUUGGAUACCAAGGCAUAAUUGUCUGCUGCUAAGAAUUAGCCAAAAUUAGCCCUAGCAUAUCCAAACAGGGGGGCUAACAGGUGGGCCAAUUUGUUAGCCAAGCCUACAACUAACUGUUAGCAAUUUAGGCGAAUUUUUAGCCCCAAUGAGAAAUUAGCCCUAGCUGAUCCAAACAGGCACUUGGAUGUGCUCCCAAUUAUGACAGUGACCAAAGAAUCAUUGUGUCAUCUGUGAGAUUCCAACAUGUGCAGAUUGUACUUCAUUUUUGUCUACAUGUUUUUCUGCUUCAGCAACAACUUUCUGCAGGAAGACCUUUCUUAAUCUGCCUUUUAAGCGAGCAUUCCCCAGCCCAAUUCCGCACAUGCAGCCGAACUUCGUGCACAAAGGGACAAUGAGCACUGAAGGCAAACUGGAUUGCAAAGCCAAUUUCUUUCUGACAACAUGUCCGCCGUUAGGAUCAUGGACCGGAUCAAUGGCCUGGUGAAGAAGCGAUGUUUUCCCUCUGCUGCUCUGCAUGUGCCUUUCAAAUUGACUUUUGCAGUAAAGGGAGCAAAGGAUCCUUUGAACUGAGCCAGUAGGCUGAUUCUGCGUAAAUCAGUUUGCAGAUUUCACGAACCAUUUGUAAAGACUAAAGAGUGCUCACCAGUCACCACAAUCCGCAACUAGGAGAAUGCCCCGCGCGUUGCUGCGGGAAUUACCGAUAAAACUAUAUUAUCCUAAUAUAUGUUAGUGGAUGAUUUUUAGUAUUUUAGCAUGGACAACUAAAUAUAUGUUAGAAAAUGAUGUGGUUUGCUAAUGUGAAUAACAUAGAUACCGGAUAAAUGAUAUGUGUUAGUUCGAUUUA